CACUCCCCAGCUCCUCCAGUCAGCGUCUGGGCUGCCUGCUCCCAGAGGAGCUGCCAUGUGGCUCGGCCCCGGGGACGACCCCUGGGGCCCACUGGGGCCCGGCGUGUGCCUCCUGUUCUCCCUGACCACCCCGUCUGCGCCCACCCCUGCCCUGGAGCAGCCUGGGCUUUGACCGUGAACUCCCCACUCUGGAGAGGCCAGCAGAGCCGGGGCCAGGCACUGAGGCAGAAGCAGAGCUGUGGACACCAGUCUCCGGCCAAGGCAAACCUCAUGGCUGAGUGAGCCUCCCCCGGGCCCAGCAGCCCCCAGCAUGGUCCAGGCCUGUGGGGGGCGCUCCAGAGCACAGCCGACGGCCUGGUCUUUGGGGGUAGCCAUGACCCAGCUUCCGCCCGCCAAAGCGCCGGCCAAGAAGCAUGUGCGGCUGCAGGAGAGGCGGGGCUCCAGCGUGGCGCUGGUGCUGGACGUGCGCUCCCUGGGCGCGGUGGAGCCCAUCUGCUCAGUGAACACGCCGCGGGAGGUCACCCUGCACUUCCUGCGUACCGCCAGCCGCCCCCUCACCCGCUGGGCCCUGCAGCACCAGCCCCCCAGUCCGCAGCAGCUGGAGGAGGAGUUCUUGAAGAUCCCCCCAAACUUUGUCAACCCUGAAGACCUGGACAUCCCUGGCCAUGCCUCCAAGGACCGGUACAAGACCAUCCUGCCCAAUCCACACAGUCGAGUUCAUCUUGGCCGGGCCCAGAGCCGGGAGGACGGGGACUACAUCAACGCCAACUACAUCCGCGGCUACGACGGGCAGGAGAAGGUCUACAUCGCCACCCAGGGCCCCAUGCCCAACACCGUGUCGGACUUCUGGGAGAUGGUGUGGCAGGAAGGCGCCUCGCUCAUCGUCAUGCUCACUCAGCUCCGAGAGAGCAAGGAGAAAUGUGUCCACUACUGGCCCACAGAUGAGGACACGUACGGGCCUUUCCGGAUCCGCGUACAGGAGGAGAGAGAGCUUCCGGAAUACUCCGUGCGGAGGCUCACCAUCCAGCACCAGGAGCAGUGCCGGUCGGUGAGGCACAUCCUCUUCUCGGCCUGGCCUGACCACCAGACCCCGGAGUCGGCCCGGCCACUGCUGCGCCUGGUGGCCGAGGUGGAGGACAGCCUGGAGGCAGCGGCCAGCGCGGGGCCCGUGGUGGUCCACUGCAGUGCAGGGAUUGGCCGGACCGGCUGCUUCAUCGCCACCCGGAUAGGCUGCCAACAGCUGAAGGCCCGCGGGGAAGUGGACAUCCUGGGCAUCGUGUGCCAACUGCGGCUGGACAGGGGGGGCAUGAUCCAGACGGCGGAGCAGUACCAGUUCCUGCACCACACCCUGGCCCUGUACGCCGCGCAGCUGCCGGAGGAGCCCAGCCCCUGAGCCCUGGCGCCCUCCGCCCCCCAGGCACCUCUCCUCGAGGCCUGGGAAGGUGGGCCUUCCGAGCUGUGGACCCCCUGGGUGGCCAUGGGGAAGAGGUGCCCCCUCAGCGAGUGUGGGGUCACAGGACACCAAUCAGCCACGACCACAGGCAGACACCAGGUCUUCCCUACUGGCCGCCCCUCUGCUCGCUCUGGUGGCCCCAAGUGGGCCGCAGGGGGAACCUGCCUGUGCCUCUGAGAGUAGGAUGGGGGGGGACUCUCAGCAGACCUGCGAGGCUGCCAGGCGCCCUGUGAGCAGCAGCCUCCAUGUGUCUGACAUUCACGCUUUGCUGCCAUUAAGGAAAAAGAAUGGAAACCGCUCGUGGUCCCACCUUCCUGGGCCGACAGGACGGCCUGUCCCUGUGCCCUGCUCAGGACAGACCAGAUGCUGGGGCCAGAGGCCUGUCCUGACCUCGGUCAGAUUCCCCUACUGGGAUGCACUUCCUCACCCCACACCUGUGAGGGUGGCUUGGCCUUCCAGGCGCCCUCUGAGCCCACAGGUAUCCUGGGAGUGACGGAUAUGCAGGGGAACGGGCCGGGCAGUUGACGUCUCUGGAAGAGGGAAAGUGUGGGGACCCCUCUCCCAGGCCCAGAGGGACGGCCCUGCCUCCAGAACCGCUGGCUGGCCACUCACCCCAGCUCUUCCGGAGAGAGGCCCGGCACCCCUGGCAGUGCUGAGAUGGAGGUCGGAGGUUGGAAGUUGUUUUUUUUUUUUUUUCAUGCCUCCGCCUGGCCUUGCUGAGGAAACCUACCUUCCCCACAGCCCUGGAAGGGGCUUGGCGCCCCUGUGUGCCCGGGGAAGCUGGGCCCUGUGCUCUCAAGGGCCUGGCCCUGUCCGAGGCUGGCUCCCAGAUGCUGGCCCACAGGCUCCCUCCCUGGGCACACAGACCCACCAUGUUCCACACACAGUGGGCAGUGCUAUGGAAAAGGAACUGAGAGAAAAUAAAGAGCCUUGAGUGGC